UUUACAUUCUUUCUGCUAUUAUAUUGAAUGAAUAAAGUAUGUGACGAAAAAAAUACAUUAGAGACAUUUCUCCGGCUAUAUACAGUAUUCGCUCGUCGUCCAGACUAUUGGUUCUAAACAACACAGCCUGCGCAUGACAUUCAUCCUUACGUUCGAGAUGAUUGGUCGGCUGGUUGGUCUGUAGCUUUUGUUGUGGCUACUGUUGUAGCCCCGCCCAACAUUGAUUCUGAGUCGCCAGCCAACAAGCGCACGAUGAGUUGAGGAAGACUGGUUAGCUGAUCAGUAUCAGUUUCAGUUAGCAUACCUCGGGCUGGGACUUGUGAUCUUUGCAUCUCUUAGUGAUCCUCAAUUUUUAGACGAACUGGUUGUUAUCAAACACCUCUACAAGGAUCUUUGGAAUUGCCUCUGGCGGAGGAAGGACGCCCUCAAGCAUGGGGGAUAUACUAAAGCUACAUGUAAUUGCAGCCAUCGUUGUGAUAGUGAAUGGAGUUCAAACAGUCAGUGUAUCAGACACACCUGCAUGUCAAGAAGAUUCUACUGGAGUGAACUACAGAGGAGACUUAUCUCAGACAAUCAACGGUCAUACUUGUCAAGCAUGGACCUCUCAGGAUCCCCACCAACACGAUUAUACUCCAGCUGACUUUUCUAAGGCAGGAUUAGACGACAACUAUUGCAGGAACCCAGAUAAUGGUGACACUGCUUGGUGUUACACCACCAUUCCUGGGAUAAGAUGGGAGUAUUGUGCUGUAGGUUUCCUCGACCCCAGAUGCAAAGCAUUACAUGACGUACAUGAUGUCUGUCCUCAUGUGACUAUGAUGUCAUGUCCUUUGACCACUCUGGAGAGCGGCGAGACUGUACAAUUGAUCCCGAAACCCAUGCAAUCCGAUCUAGACUGGUUAAUAUCCAACCUCCCAGCAGACCUUCAGAUUCAUCAUGAUGUCCAGCGCUACUAUUGCACCGAACCAGCAUGCCUCUCACACCCUUGUCUUCAUGGAGACACUUGCGAGGAGACGGACACAGGAUUUACUUGUCUCUGUUUAGAGCGCCACUGUGGUGAAAGGUGUGAAGAAGAUGUAACCAUCCAUUCGUUAAAGCUUCUUGGUGAAAAGAAAAAUGAAGGAACGCUUGCCUUAUCGUCCUGCUCCAGUCCUAACACAUACGUGCUGGUACAUCAGGAUCAUUGGAACAAAAACUUAUCUCAAAUGGCAUGUCAGUAUCUAGGGUUUGAAGGAGUAUUUGCGACGGUGAGCGGUCCACUGUACGAGUCCUCGUCCGUCGAUGUUCCUGCUGAAGCCGAAUCAGUGAUAUGCCCUGCUAAUACCACAAACAUCACCGACUGCUGGUACAGUGAGACUAAAGUGGGACGAAUAAACGAGAGUGAAACUAUUUCCAUUGUGUGUUGCCCCGUGAACCCGUGUAAUAUAUCUGGUCGACCACUCGGCCUUGAAAGUGGUGCUCUUUCCGAUUCGGCUUUCUCUGUAUCAUCCUGCUACACUGUGCCCUACUGCAGCGGUGUCGGCCGGCUGAACUCUGAGACAGCCUGGAUCUCAUACGUGUCCGACCAAUACCAAUGGAUGCAGGUCCAAUUUGAGUCCAGUUAUAUCGUAACGGCCAUAACGACUCAGGGAAGAAAUGACGCUGAUCAGUGGGUGACGUCAUACACUUGUUCGUCUAGUUUUGACGACACGGCUUGGACUAAUUAUUUGAAUGUAUACUCUGGAUCAGUUGAGAUAUUUCCUGGAAACUAUGACCGUAAUAGCCAUGUGACUCAGACGCUUGCUAGGCCGAUAGUUGGACGCUCUUUCCGGAUCCAUCCAAAGACCAAUCACGUUCAAAUUUCUUUGAGGAUGGAACUAUAUGGGUAUGGACCUCUAACUGAUGCCAUAACGUCGCUGAACCUCGAUGCGAAACUUGGUUGCACUCCUCCUGUCCUCGGCGAGGGGCUUGGCGUGGAAGAUGGUCGGAUACCAGACUCUAGUCUGACCUCGUCAUCGAUCCUAGAUUCCUAUCAUGCAGCUUACAGAGCAAGGCUGAAUGAAGUUUAUAGUGCAGGGUUAAUUAAGCCCCGGUGCAUGGAUCCCUGCCCGUUCAGACAACAAUAAGUGGGUUAAGGUCGAUCUCGGCGAGGAUACUUUGGUAACUGGUGUUAUCACGCAGGGAAGGUCCAUGUUUGGACAAAGGGUUACGUCAUUCCAAAUCUCCUACUCAAGGGACAAUACAAAUUGGACCUUUGCUCUGAAAGAGCAGUGUGGGGUACGAGAAACAUAUGCAGGAAAUUUUGAUGGUAACACAUAUGUGACAUUACUGUUUCCUGAGCCAGUAACCGCACGGUACGUUAGGGUUCAUACUGCAACAUUCAUUGGAGCUGCGGCUAUGAGAUUCGAAGUACUUGGUAUUAACAAUUGAACCAUAACGAUUUAUCAUUAAAUUGAUUUGUUGUUUUAUUUAAUUGUAUUCAUAUUCAUUUACUCAUGUAUUUAUUUAUCUAGUAAUAUAUCCAUAUAUGAAUUGAUUAAUUCAUUUAUUUAUUUAUUAAUUCAUUUAUUAAAAUACUUAUUGUGCUAUAGCAUCUUAAUUAAUGGGUGAGUCGAUCAAAAUUAUAAAUGAUUUGAGUAUAGCGCUAUAGUUUUGGUGUCAGACGAUUACACGAUUACAGGCGACAGCAAGAUCUUUAAAGACAAAUAAUCUACUAUUUUGUUUUUUUAAUGGAGACUUUUAACCCAUGUUUGUACAUGGUGUUUAACCGAUAAUAGCUCUAUUUGAUAACCGAGAGUAGACUCCACUUUUACGAUGGAGCGACAGUUGAAUCUUAAAUGAUCAACACUAUACGGUAAACUUCAAUAAACUCUACUCUAAUGGAAAGCUCAUCAUAAACAAAAUUCCCUCACCCGAACGCUCUCCGGGAAACGAAGUCAAGCUCGAGCAAUUUCCCGAUGGGACAUCAAGUUUCGCUGCUUGCGAUAUCGAGAUUCCUACACACGAUAACUAGUAAUAUCACAUCACCUACCGUCCCAGUUUAGCUUCCUGAGUAAGCUGCCAAAGGGAUUACUCAACAAAGUACCAAGUACCAAGUCUGGGGUAAGCGAAUUAAGACGCACUGCACACGGAUACUAUAUUGUGUAUUUCUUUUAAUUAUCUAUGAUAAAUUGUCUUAUUUGGAAUGAGUAAUUGCUUGCAUGUAGAGUAGGGGAACUCUCCAAGCAGAAUUAUGGGAUCCCUGAUGCCACGAAGGAGAGCUGGUUCAUGCAGAGAAACCUAGAGGUACAUCAUCUAAAGGGACAAAGGUCAGAUAAUAACAGAUGUCAAAGUCACCACCAAAGAUGUUGAAAUGCUACAGGUACUGUGGAAAACAGCAUGAAAAGAUGCUCAGAAAAUGUUCUGCAAUUUGGUGAAGCGUGUACUAAAUGUGGGGAAAAGAACUACUUCUACAUCGAGACUGUGCAAAACUAACUUCCCAGAGAAAGUUCAUUAAGUUGAUGUCAAAAGGAUGGAAUAAACGGAGUUAAACUUAUUUGAGCUUGUGACAUGUGACAUGUUAAAUCAGUUUCACCAUGCCCACAAUUUUGUAACCAAAUAAAGAGAAGAAGUUACUGAAGAGAAUACAAAACUUUCUGUAUGUGUAACAUUUUUCAUGUUUAUGUAAAUUAUGUAAACGUGCUUAAGGGUCUCAAAUUCCCUGCAUAUACCCUAUACAUACCCUUCCUCUCUCUCUCUCUCUCUCUGUGCUGCACGCGAUUAAAUAUAAUCUGUUCACUUGGCUUUCCAUAGUCAGAAACAAUGGCGCUCCUUUUGAGCGAACUAUCCUAUUUUCUCAAGCCACAAGUUUCGUAAAUUUUCUUAAAGUAUGGUUAUUAUAUCAUGUUUAAACUGGUUCUUGAAGGUUUAGGAUCGAGGUCUACUGCCUGAUGAUUUCGUGUAAGUUCAAUGCUCUUAUUUUUAUCAUAAUCAAUAGUCUGGACAGAAUUCAAUACGUUUUGUGUGCAAAUGGUCAUAAGCGUGAUUGAGUAGUUCUGACAGCUACAGCAUACACUGUACAGUAGUAUGUCUACAUAAAUUACAGCAUGUUUUGUAUUUUGGGGAAACAUCUUCAGAUAUUUGGAAGUUUAGCUAUUAUAGUUAAAAUUACCUUUGCUAGUUAAAGUUUGUGUUAAAGUAUUGAAUGAAUAUUUUUAUAUUGUUGUGUCAGUCAAUUAGAGGGCUUUUCUAACAGUUCCGGCUCUAAGUCUAAUAACUGAAAGGAUUAGUUAAUUUUGCUGAAACCUAAAGUUAUGAGCACAACUUUUCCAUUAUCUGUUUCUAGUGGUGAUGCCUAUACCUAUUUGCAAUCUAUCAAAUUAUGUUUGCAGUUAUAGGAGACAAGCGACAGAGAUUCAUGGGUUACAAUCCGAUUACGUCAGAUAGAUAGCUUGGAAGUGCACAAGUCUGUAAGUUCAUUUUGUUGAAUAGACUUGUAAGGACAGGAUAUAAGUCUACAUAAUUUUAGACUGGGAAACUGCCUUUGUAAGAAUGUUAUAUGAUAUACAAUGCUUUGUUCCUAAGUACGGCAAGCCGUUUGCAGACCUCUAAAAUGGUCAGGUUUUGUAUAGGUACAGUCAUGACUAAACAUUGCUGUAAUAAUUCUCAUUAUAACUUGAGCAUUAUUCCAUAAAUACUGAAACUGAGAAUCUAUUGUUUGUUGUGAUUUUAAGGUUCAUCUGGUAGAAACUUUGAACUUAAAGGGAUUCACCUAUUAAAGUAAAUGUACGUUAGUAUUUUAUGUACUUACCUGUUUGGAUUAUGAUUGAUUCAUAAGCCUGAAUCUGCCUAGUUGGACUGUUGAGAACAUAGUUUGUUCUAUUAUGAUCUUUUACAUGUAUAAUUGAUGCGAUGUUAUCAUUCAUUGUAUUUUACAGUUUUACCACAUUCACGUUAUGCCGAAGUAAGGCUUGAAUAAAGACUAGAGUACAACCUUUCAA